AUGGUCGAAAACAAAGGCAGCAAUCCGUCUCCAUCAAAUGUUCCCGGCCAAAAUGGUCAAAUUGGCCAAAAUUUGGAUCCUGGAAAAGGUACCAAUGUGAGUGGUAGAAGCUGGAAAGUCGCGAAAGACCAGCUUCGGCCGGCCAGUAGGGCCAUCAAGAACAAAAAAUUGACGUCUUGGGAGUUAAAGUUGCAGAAGAGACUUGAAGAUCAACAGUUUAAACAAAAGCUCAAAGAGCUGAAAGACGAGAAAGAGGAGAAAAGACAAAAUAGAAUCCAGGCUUUGCGACUAAGACGUGAAAACAAGGAGGAAAAGGAAAGGUACGAGAGAUUGGCCGCGAAGAUGCAUGCAAAGAAGGUCGACAGAUUGAGAAGGCGUGAAAAGAGAAAUAAAGCUUUGAAAGAGCGUUAA